AAAUUAAAUAAAAAAAUGUCAAGUGUUUCAGUUUUCACCCAAUUCACCAUCACCGGUACCGCUACUAGUCCAUGUACUGCCCCAAAUAAUGUUUUAACCAUCGACAGUUGCAAUGUUUACUGUGACAAAGUUGAAGAUGCCAUCUUAUACGCUCAAGUUAAAUAUGCCUCAAACCAAUACACCGAAACCAUCUACACUGAUGAUGCCUGUACCAAAGUUUAUGAAACCAUUGCUGCUGCUUCAUUCGACUGCAAAGAUGGUAAAUCAACUGUUAAUGGCUUAGAAGUUGCCUGCUCUGCUCCAGUUGAAAUUGAAUCAUUUGAAUCCUUCUCAUUCACUGGUACUGAUUGCGGUGACAAAACUGUUGAUACCAAAUUAGAUACAUGUUCAGCUGGUUGCAAAGGUUACACCAAAGUUUCAGCUGUUGCUGGUACUGUUAAUGGUUACAGUGUAAGCUCAUUCGAAAAAGAAGGUUGCGCUGAAACUGCUACAUCCACCACCGCUAUUGUUUGUUUAGCUGAUGAUGCCAAAGUUAAGGUUACCGAUACUCUUAGCGUUGCCUGUAAGACUGCUGCUGAAUCAUCAUCACAUUCAUCAUCAUCAUCCUCAUCAGUUGUUGGUUAUUCAUUAGUUUUAUUAGUUUCAUCUGCUCUUUUAAACUUUUUACUUUAAAUAAUAUAUUAAUAUAAAUAUACAAGUAGUACCAUUACAUUUUUAUAUAAUCAAUCCAAAUUAUUAUCAAAAA